UUGUCAUGUCAUUUCUAUGAACCGAAAAAUCUUGUAAUUUCCAAUGUUUCAUUGAAAAAAUAAUUAUAAUUAUUAAUAAAUCGAAUCGAGAACCACAACGAAAUGGCAGAUCAAACGUUAAUUCACGAUGACAUCAAAUUAUAUACAACAUCCGAUAAGUUCUAUUUGGAACCUACCAUUAAUCCUACAGAGAUUAUGGUAAUAGAUAGAAUCACUGGAGAGGCUUAUGUUAGAGAAAUUAACACAGUGAAGAUACCUAUACCGGCAAAUGCAUACAAACCAGUGUGUGGUUUUCUUGGAUCUAUUAAGCUUAUAUCAGGACUCUAUCUUGUUGUUGCCAAAUAUAGGAUAUUGAUUGGUCAAAUAAAUGGACACAAUGUAUAUCAGCUUGCGGGAGCUGAUAUUGUACCAUAUGCAAGAUCUACUACACAUCUAACUAAUAAACAGAUAGAGGAUAACAACACGUAUGAACGUCUCCUCCGCGCCUCGUUGGACGCGCCCGGCAUCUACUUCUCCUACAGUUAUGACUUAACGCACACUAUGCAACGAUUGCAUUCUGUUUCACCGGACUUCCAUAAGAUGUCGCUAGCGAGCCGUGCGGAUGCACGCUUUGUGUGGAACGGACAUCUGCUCAAGGGGUACUCGCAACAAAUGUUUUCGAGGUUUAACUUGCCGAUCAUGCAAGGAUUCAUAGCUAUAAAUCGUGUGACGAUAAACAGUCACCAAUUGUCUUGGACCCUAGUGUCGCGGAGAAGCGUGGACCGAGCGGGCACUAGACUGUUUAUGAGAGGGAUUGAUUCACAGGGCAACGUAGCGAACUUCGUGGAAACAGAACAAAUAGUGGAGCGUGGCGCUGAGAUAUCCUCCUUCGUGCAGACCCGAGGGUCGAUACCUCUGUUCUGGAGCCAGUUCCCGGACCUGAAGUAUAAACCACCCAUGACCCUAGCGCCGGAAGACCAUGUAGCCGCAUAUACCAAGCAUAUGCGGGACCAGCUGCAGAGGUACGGCAACCAGGUGCUGUUGAACCUUAUUGAUCAACGCGGCAAAGAAGAGUCGCUAGAACGUGGCUACCGCGCGGCCGUAGCAGCUGCCGCUCUACCAGCUGUGCGCUACGAGCCAUUCGACUUCCACGCGGAGUGUCGCGGCAUGCGCUACGACCGCCUGUGCGUGUUAUUGGAUCGCGUAGCGCAUGAACAGAAAGAGUUCGGCUACUUCCUCAGCCGCGGCGAGACCGUCAUCAUGCGUCAGACGGGCGUGUUCCGCACCAACUGUGUGGACUGUCUCGAUAGAACUAAUGUGGUACAGAGUCUUCUAGCGAGGAAGCAUUUGGUACACCUGCUGAGGAUGCUGACGAUCACUAGUAAUGAAGAUCCGAUACCGCAUUUUGAUGCGCUGUUCAAUUGUGUAUGGGCAGACCACGCGGACAUGAUAUCCGUGCAAUACUCGGGCACGGGCGCGCUAAAGACGGACUUCACCCGCACCGGCAAGCGCACGCGCAUGGGCCUCAUACGCGACGGGAUCAACUCGCUCACCAGAUACUAUAAGAACAACUUUAGCGACGGCUACAGACAGGAUUCAAUCGACUUGCUAUUGGGCAAGUAUUUGGUAGUAGAUGGUGAGGGCAACACUGUGCAGUGCCCAUUGCGCAGAGACAGGGACUGGAAAUAUGUUACCUUCCCGUCGGUGCUGCUGGUGGCGGUGUCGAUGCUGUGCGCGAGCGCGGUGUUGCCGGCCCGCUCGCGCACUGAGCUGCUGCUCUACCUCAUGUUCUGGGGCGCGGCCGUGGGCGCCACGCUCAAGUUCAUGUUCAAGCACGGCAAGGAGUUCGUCGACUGGCCGCGGCUGGACUGCGGCGGCGUAGCGACGAGCCGGCUCGGGCCCGCGCCGUCCUUAUAAUCGACCUGCCGCUCGUAGUCGUCGUCUAACCGUGCCGACAUACAGACACACACACACCACCCACCCCCCGUGUAGAAGUGGUAACUGAACACAUGUGAGCGACGUUGCCGCACCGCCGAGUGAACUAGGUAUCUGUUUCAAAUAAAUAUCAAGGACGUUAAGGAAAUUGGCGACGUUGCCACACCGUCAAAUGAAUUUAGUACUUCUUCUCUUAAUUAUUGGCUCCACCCAAUAAGUAGGGACUCCACCAUUAAAUGUUUCAAGUUACAGACAUGGACAUUUAGAUAUGAGGCGACGUUGCCACGAGGUUUUCCCAUAAGAAG